AUCUGUGGGCGUGCAGCUCAGGUGGGAAGCCAGUUGGUUAAACCCCUCCAUUCGUCAGUGUUGUCAGUGGAGUCUUGUCUCCGUUACUGACAGACACCUGAGGCACUGUGUGGGACGAUGACUCACAACCGACUGCUGAUGACUACAAAUAUGUUGUGCACGCACCCACGCUCCCAAGCACACCGCGGCGCGCGCUUCUCCACGUGAACUCUCGCACAGCGGGCAUCAAAAGCCUUUACGUCAAGCCAGACAGGAAGGAGAAAGCAAAUCUGAUGGCACGAUAGCCGGGUCCUCACGUCCCACCAAAACAAAUGCAUGCCCGCUCUCGCCCAUGGACGCGCUAUCCUGUUUCAUACGGAUUUCGUCUGUGUGCACUGUGGCAUUGCUGAUCUUAUGGCAGACAGCAACCAUCGCCCAUCUGAUCCACUGUGAGAGAAAAUAAUUCGACGAGAGGAAGUGAGAUGAAUAGCCAACAACGGCCAUCACUGCUCGCCUUGUCGGCUCUCCUGUUCUGCAUAUUAUACCAGACAGCUGGGGCCAGCACAUCUCAUCGCAGCAGCUCAGCGUCAUCAACAUCAUUCCCAUCAUCGGAGGUGAGAGGUACUAAUGAUUUGGGAACGCCUCAAAACUGGCUAAAACAGACUUCCCUCAGUUCCAACUAUGGAAAUCACAGCCACGAAAGUAGGCCAUCAUCACCAAAGCUUAAAGAGGUAACAGGCCAUGCGCACAGCUUCUCUUUCAACACCAGCAGAGGCAAUAUUUCUACUGUGACAAAUGGAAGAUCUGGCAGGGACCCAAGCUGGAGCCCAGAGGAAGAGGUGUCACCACUGUGUGCCUACAGAGUGAUUGAGGGAGGCAUUGGGGGGCAGCUGUGUUUUCGACACACAUUGCCUGGCUACAAGUGUCAUAAGGAAGACUGCAGGACAGUGGUGUCUUUGGGGAAUCUGGUGGCAAAUAUUCUUAUCAAUGGCAGUGUACUGUUACAGUGGACUCGCAAGGGAGAGUCCACAAUGACCGACCAAGAUGUAAAAACAAAAGAGACUUCAGCUGAACAGAAGAUCAAUGGGGAUCCUGGGAAAAAUGUAACAAGAGAGGAAACUCUGCGAUCAGACACUGUUUUCAGAGGCCGACGCCACAGACGGGGAGGCUACGAGUUGAGCUGCUGGUGGAAUGGAAGCUAUACUCAGUUCGAGUGCGCUGGUGUCCAUCUUGGAUCUGGCUGCAGAGACUUUCUCCUGACUGAGCUGCACGAGAACAUCCCCUACCGCAUCUGCCUGCGCUCCCUGGCCCGCUCCGAUCCAGCUCAGAGAGCUGACCAGAGGGACUGUGUGGAGUUUGCCCUGCCACCGUCUGGGAUGCAGGACAUUGUGAUUGCCAUGACAACAGUCGGGGGAGCUAUUUGCGUGAUGCUGGUCAUCAUCUGCUUGCUGGUGGCGUACAUCACAGAAAACAUCAUGAGCCCCACAGCGCAGCACACAUACUCCUACCGCACCCACUCGCGUCACUGAUACUCAACUGAAUCCUAGAUGCACUGCUAAAUUUAUUAAAAAAAAUUGCCUAAGAAUAACACACACGAUGACCAUUACUAAUCUCACAAUCACAGUCAAUCACUGUCAGUCAUAGUUAUUUUACGGUCAGCCACAUUAGUACAAUGUCAUGUUAAUGACCGAAUUGAAGCACAAUCUACUGUGGCUCUGCAAAUAACAUGCCUUGUCAACCUCUGAGAGGAUGCACUGAACCAAAAGUACUGACAACCUACAUUCACUAUUAUACAGUAGUUUACUGUGUCAUGUUUCUGUUCGAGGCUGUCUGUGGUUGCGUCUGUCAAUCUGUGUGCUGGCGGCAUUUAUACAGCAAUACAAUUAAUGAAAUGCUUUGAAUACAUCAGAAAAGGCAGUUUGUAUUGUUUUGGGGUUUUUUUGCUAAAUGUGCAGCCUGUGAAAGUGUCCAGACUUGUCCUGUUUUUGCAAGGGACACAGGAAAAUAAAACAUGAAACUGACUGGAACUUUCCCCUUUGACUAAAUCAUUCCACCAUGUAUUUUUGCUUUACGGGCAGCAUACAGUGUGUAUUUGUACCAUUCUGUGAAGGGCAACCCAUUCCGGUGUAUUUCCUAAUACUGUGCCAAACAUCUUGAGGUAGAAUGCCUUUAUGUCCUGCUGUCAGUGAAUAAAGUACCAUGAGGACAUUUGUAAUACUUUACAGCUGUCUUUAUUUUUCUCCUUGUGUGUGUGUGCGAGAGAGAGUGCAUGUGUUAUUUUUCACGUUCCAGCACAGUUUUAUCAACAACAGAUGUGAAUUCAUCAAAUGUGUAUAAACACAAUCCCUUGCUAGGUGACACAGGUCAAUCACAAAACAGAAAAACAGCCAAUUAUUUAGUGUUUUCACUUAUGUCUUUCUGUAUGGUAACCUAAUAUAUGAUCAGAACAGGAGUGGGCCAUAUGCAUCCUCUAUCAUGGCACACAUAAUAAAUACCUGGCCAAUCGAACCAGUCCAUCACAUUUGACAUUACGUAGUUGAAACAUGGAAACACUUGCACUGAAUACAAAUUAAAGGGAGAGGUAGGCCUACAUCAUCAGAUAUAGCAUACAGAUACACCAUGUCUAUG